AGCUCAGUCGUCAAACGGCAGCAUUUAACUAAAGUCGCAAACUCGCAGUGGGAGCCAGAUCGCGGCUGGAAGCAUAACCAGAAACAAGUCAAGUUGACGUAGUAUUCAGAUUCGAUUCUCUGCUGUGGCUUACACAAUGUUUGGCACUCGACAGAAUUUGUUGCUGCUCGCGUGUCUGGGUGCGAUGCUGUGCAUCAGCUUGGCUGAGCUGCCAGAGAAGGAUGUCAUCAAGGAGGAUAUAAUUGAGAUAGCGAACGAGACACAAAAGGUCAUCCGGGUCAAACCCGUGGAGCUGCCCUUGAAGCCGGAUCGCACACCCGGCAGCCACAUGAACUCGGAGCUCUUCCAGAUCAAAACACUGCAAAGAGGCGAGCAGCGUUCGCGCCAACGUAACUACCUGGACUCGAAACGUAUGCGGCCAAGGCCGAGGAUCGGUGAAUCCAGUGGUGAAGCAAUGCAGCCCGCUUUGAAAUUCUCGUACACGCCCGAACUAAAAGCCUCUCCCAAGCAGAAGCUGAAAAGGAAGCAGCAGAAGCAGCUGCACUACCCGUUCGAGUCUAGCCCAACCACGGUCACGGUGGAGCCGCUGCCCGUUCAGAUGUCGCCCGGUCCCUAUCCCAUAUACUAUGUGCUGUCCAAGACGAACGGACGCUUUGGCAAAUUUCCCAUCAAGUCUUUCCGCUCGCCCGCCGAAUUCGCCAAGUAUUUGAUCAAGAGCAAAGCCGAGCCCAUACCACGAACGCAGCGUUUCGAGACGGGAGUCGAUCAAGUCAAAGUAAAUGGUAGUCGGUAGCUUUAUUGCUUAUAUUUUUUCAUUAUUUGUGAUUUGCACGCGCGCGCUUUGUAUGCUUAGUUAAAUUAAAUUAUUCACCAUAAUUAUAAUUGCUAAUUACCACAAUAUACACAUCUACAUAUCUACAUAUCUAUCUAUCUAUAAUUAUACAAAAACACGUAUUAUGUAUGUACACACGCUUUGCCUGAAGUGCCCAACCCAUUGUACAUGCUCAAGUAUCUCAAAAAUAAACCGAAAUUGCUACAUA